AUGCUCAGCUCAACAAGGAAUCUAACUCGACUCGCAACUCGCCAACUCAGAAACUUAUCUCAAAAGCCAGCACCAAUCCACUCGCGGAAAAUCAGUCAACUAACUCAACAACCGAGCCCAGUAUCAGAACCGACGACCUACCACACCAGGCGAUACAACUCCACCACCAGUCUCUCAAACCCAACACUCCCAGAGAAGGAACAACAACAAGAAGGAGAAACACAUGAUGAUCAGCAGAGUAGCACUCCUGGCCCAUCCAGGAUGAGGAUCCAAUUCAAAUGUAUCGCCCCUUCAUCAUCAUCAUCAACCUCAAGCCUUGACCCACCUCCAUCUGAUCAGCAAGAAGCAACAACAACUUGCGACCAUCUGAACACCCAUGAGUUUUCUUCUCAAGCGUUCCAUCAUGGGAUCGUCCUGGUCCAAUGUCCAUCUUGUCUGAACAGGCAUCUGAUCGCCGAUCAUCUCCAAUGGUUCACUUCCAAUCGCACCUCAGACGACCCGAAUUUUAAGGACGAUCAUCGGACAAUCAUCGACCUGAUGCGAGCUAAGGGGGAAGCCGUCAAACGAGGCAGGGUCAUUACUUCGUUCCAAUCGAACCCGACCUCUCAAUCUCCAUCUAGCCCUUCAUCUCAAUCAGAUAGUCCAAACGUCGGCGAAGUAUUAGAGUUCUACCAAUAACCAUUC